UAUGGAUGACAGACAUUCCUGUAUCUACAGUCGGCACGGGGCUGGACAGGGCCGCCCACGCUAUCCCGUUAAGAAAACAGGCGGAGAGUCUCUGCGAUGGCCAGCCACAAGCUGUACCUCCUGCGGCACGGGGAGGGCGCGUGGAACAAGGAGAACCGCUUCUGCAGCUGGGUGGACCAGAAGCUGAGCGAGGCCGGCGUGCAGGAGGCGCGGGACUGCGGCCUGCUCCUGAAGUCUCAGGGCUGCCAGCUGGACGUGGUCUACACCUCCCUGCUCAGCCGCUCCGCCCAGACCUCCUGGCUGGUGGCCGAGGCCAUGGGGCAGGAGUGGGUGCCCGUCGUCAAGUCCUGGCGGCUCAACGAGCGCCAUUACGGCUCCCUCAUCGGGCUGAACAGAGCCGAAAUGGCCGCCGUCCACGGCGAGCGGCAGGUGAAGGUGUGGAGGAGGAGCUACGACGUGGCGCCGCCCCCCAUCGAGCCGUCGCACCCGUACUACGCCGAGAUCUACGAGGACCGGCGGUACGGGGCGUGCGACGUGCCCGCGGGGGCCCUGCCUCGCGCCGAGAGCCUGAAGCAGGUGCUGGACCGGCUGCUGCCGUACUGGGACGGCGUCGUCGCGCCCGUCGUCAAGAGCGGCCGCACCGUGCUCAUCUCCGCCCACGGCAACAGCUGCAGGGCUCUGCUGAAGCACCUCGAAGGGAUCUCGGAUGAGGACAUCGCGGGCGUGACGCUUCCCACCGGCAUUCCCGUUCUGCUGGAGCUGGACGCGGACCUCCGGCCCGUGAAGAAGCACCAGCUCCUGGGAGACCCGGCCAAGGUCCAGGCGGCCAUCAAGAAAGUGGAGGACCAGGGCAAGGCCCUGCCCAACGGGAAAUGAGGGGGGAGAACGGAGCUAGAAUGUUCUCACAGCGUUACCGGGAUGUUUCCUCAAUGUUAUGACGUUGGUGCAAAAUGGUGGCAACGUUGUGAGAAUGUUUUGGUAACACUUUCUUUGAAGGAUUCUACAUAAGAGCUAUAUGACCUUCUGAAGCACGUCGUGGCACGUUCCCAAGCACUACGUAAGCAUUUGUAAGCGCUUAUGUGAAUAACCGCGAAUAAGAAUGUGGUGUGUUAUGUCAACAUUGCUGCAGGCGACAUUACCGUGUCAUCACGUGAAAUGAUUCAAUGUAAGGCAUCAAUGUUUACAUAACACAACAUAUACCCAUUUCAGGUUACCCAUAAACAGUUAUGCAUGCUUAUGUAGUGCUUAUGAAUGUGCGAAGUGCUGGUCAUGAAUGAGUUCUAUCACUCUCAUCUACGACCCUUCAAUCAAAGUGUCCCUGAAUGUCUUGUGUGAGCUGGGUGGUAGUGCGAGACGUAUAAGAGCGGCCUAUGUUUUCAGUUAUGGGGACAGAUACUGGACCUGAUUGGUUCCCUUGUUGUCAGGGGGUCCUGGAGAGCCCCAGGUCUGCUGAUUUUACUCAUGUUGCUCCUCUUAGCAAUCGGCUAUACUGCAAUAUUUUAAUACAAUAUGUGUGUCAAUAUCAGAAAAUAUGUUGUAGGACUUCUACAAAUAUAUAAGAAUGUAUACAAAGUAUUGCUGCUUUCUGAUAUUGCAAUAUAUUCUUAAAAAUUACUCAGGAAUAUUUAUCAUGAUGUUUUCCAAUAAGUAUAUGCUUAAGAUAUAUAAUAUUGCAGUAUACUCUAAUGUAAUUUUUGCAUGGGUCAACACUUGGGUGAUCAGUGGGUAAUGUGGUUGGCCCACCUCGCCUGGUUUCUUGGGUCUUAAAUAUUUACAGAUUUUCAGGUGAAGGCUGAAAGUGAGGUGGCACCUGAGGCUCUCCAGGUCCAGAGAGAGAGUCCCCUCUAAAACGUGCUGUUCUCGCUCGUGUUUUGUUUUGUCUCAUUUCAAAGAAUCUUUCUUGCCUUUUCUGUCUUGGACAUUUAUAUGUUCAAGUAAUUUUUCAGGGAAAAUUCAAAAGAGAGAUGACUGAAUUUCAGUUAUAUCACAAUUAUUUUGCUGCAACACUGGAGCACGAUUUAAAAACUAAGAGGAACGAGUUUUAAAUGUUUACCUGCAAUGGCAGUGUCUUUGAAAAUGUUAUUUAUUGUUGCAAUUGUUAUUUUUGCUAAAUGUGAAGUAAUACGUUCAUGACAAAGGGAAAUUCUGAUAGUGCAGUGAAAUAUCACAAUGCUAUGAAACUGAAUUACUGAAAGUGUCUGCUUACAUGUGGGGAAACUACUGUUUUUGAAUGUUUACACAAACCCCUGUUUACAGUUCUCACCAAAAUGUCGGUAUCAAGCCUGCCUUGAUGACUUUGAACGCUCAAGUCGGCCACUUGGAAAUGAGUUUUCAAUCCGGGUUGACCUCCAACCAGAUUUGAGUUGUGUCCUCCUUAUGCCUUUGACCUGGCUUAAAUUAUGCAUUUUGCACAUGCAUUAUGUAUAAUAAAUGGUUAUUGAAUUGAAUAAAAUUUGAUUGAAUGAG